AGUAAUUGCUUAAAUGAAGUAAAAUGGCAGAUUUACGAUAAAUCACUCAGUGUUUAUCAUUAUAUUUUUGCUGCAAAUAUCACAGUUCAUUGCCUUAAUUUUAGUUCAUCUGUAUUUCUUCAAACUCUUCUAAAUCAUGUCAAAACUGUGAAUACUGAAGAGAGAUCCAUUGCUACUAUAUCAAAACAACAGCAUUUGUAAAAAAGCAGGCUGAUAGUGCUAACAUUUAUCUUGAGAAACGGAGUGGAAACUUAUAAUGCCUUCUAAGAAGUUGAAUUUUCGUGAUAGUACCGGCAUCUCAGAGGAAGAAAGAAAAGUUGUGAAAAAUUCUUUCACAUGCCUAUUAUGUCCAGAGACGUUUUCACACGAAAGCACUCUGAAACGCCAUGCCAAAUUACAUUCAAAUAGAGCUCUAUUCAGUUGUGAUGUUUGUUUCAGAAGCUUUAAUAAAAAAACGCAGUUGAAAUUACAUAAAAAAGUACAUACUCGUAAAAAAUCUUACCAAUGCUCAAUUUGCACUGAAAGUUUCACAAAUAGUUCAAAUCUAUCCAGCCAUCUUCAAACUCACAAUAGCAAGAACCUAUUUGAAUGUACGGUUUGUGGAAAGUGCUUUACUAAUAGAUAUAUACUGAAGAGACAUAUGAAAACACAUCCUUUGCAUAAUAAUCCAACACAAGAUGGAAAAAAUAUAUUCAAAAAAUCUAUCAACUGCGCUUUGUGUACUAAGACUUUCACUCAUGAACGCGGUUUAAAACAACAUAAGAAACUCCACAAUAAGGAAAGUCCUGUUAUGUGUGAUGUGUGUUUCAAAGGGUUUUCUCUGAAACUCGACUUGAAUUCACAUAUGAAAGUACAUACUGCAGAUAAGUACCACAAAUGCAAAAUAUGCAGUAAAAACUUCUUACACAUCACUACUCUGUCUAAACAUACACAAAAUCAUAAGGAUACACAAUUUAAGUGUACAAUGUGUGAAAAGUGUUUUAAAAGGAGAGAUCUACUGAAGCUACAUAUGAAAGUACAUCCCUCUGCAAUAAUGGACAGGACUCAGGAACAUACCUUGGAAGUUGCUGAUAUUAAUAAGCCUUCCGAACUGCUGCUCAGAAAAGAAAAAGAGAACAAAUUGCCAAUCCAGUUGAAAAACGCCAAUAUUUCUAAACAUAAUAGAAAAAUGAAAAUUUGUCCUCGCCCUAAUCUUCGGCAUCGGGGGAUAUCCCAUUCACAAGAAAAACCUUUCAAGUGCCAUGUUUGCUUUAAAGGGUUCUAUCAAAGGUGGAAUUUGAAAUUGCAUAUGAAAACACACAGUCAUGAUAAACUUCAAAUGAAAGUACAAACCUCUUCUACAUGGGUUGCUUCUUCACAACAGAAUCAUAGUUUAGAAGUGUCCAACUCUAAUAAUUCAAAAUCGUUGAUUAAUGACGAGGCAGAUGAAGAUGAUGUGCCUUUAAUAAGUCUAUUGCAUUUUCCUAGCAGGAAUAUUUCUAAACAAAAUAUGGUUAAGGAUCCUUCCAUAUUUAACUUGUUCCCAAAAUCAUCUUUAUACAAACGCUCACUCAAGCAGCAAAGAAAAUCCCAGUCGACAGAAAGACCUUUCACCUGUAAUAUAUGUUUCAAGGGGUUUCAGCAGAACACAAAAUUGAAAGUACAUAUGAAAGAACAUUCUGGAGAAAAACCCUUUCAAUGUAAAACUAACAGUGAUAAGGAAAAUCGAUAUAUUAAACCGUCAUUAGAGAGCGUAGAGUAUGAAAAAUCCUUUAUUAAGAGUUCUCAACUAAAACAUGACAUGAAAAGACAUAUCCCCUCUGAAAGAUGUAUUACUUAUGACUACUUGGAAUCAAAUCCCAGCAAUUUUGAAUCAUUGGGUAAAGAAUUAACCGUAGAUGAGGAGAAAUCUCCAGCAAUUGAGUGUGUCGAUUUAUUAUCUUCUAAACCUCCAAAUUUAGAGCAGGAAAAGAUAGCUUCAAAAUCUUUCAGCUGCAAUUUAUGUUCAAAGACUUUUUCAUUAAAAAGCACUUUAAGGCAGCAUAGGAAAUCCCACUCUAAUGGAAGGCCGUUUACCUGUAAUGUUUGUUAUAAGCGAUUUGAUCUCAAAUCAAACUUGAAAUUGCAUAUACGAUCACAUACUGGAAAAAACCCAUACCGAUGCAAAAUUUGCAAGAAAAGGUUUUCCCAUAGCAGAAUUUGUACUAGACAGAUUCAAACUGAAUCUCUUGUGAAACGAUUUACUGCAAGUAAAUUGAAACAUCACCUGAAAACACACGCAAGAGAUUCAAAAGAAACGGUUUUGAAAGAAUCUCAUAAAAAUAAUGUAGGUUUCGAAGAUAAAAAAGUACUUAAUAUCAAAUGUAAGUCAAAUGAACCAGACAGGAAGACUGCGGGGAAAGAUACAAAAGAAUGUUCGAUUGAACUAGAGAAUCGCUUAAUACAAACGAGAAUUGAAAGAAAGAUUUUUUCAGGAAUGUCAGAUGAUUAUUCAGAAUUUUUCAUCAGGGAAAGAGGAAUUGAAAAGGAUCAUGAAUCCAGAAAAUCGACCAACAAUGAUCAUGACAAAACUCUGAUAAACCAGGAUGCAGCUAAAGAUGAAUUUGAAAUAUUGAGCGAAUAUAAAAAAUGUCACAACAACGGAGUUCUGUUUUCAGUAAAGACUAUUGAUAUUGAGCUUACAAAAGAGAAGCCUUUUCAAUGCAAAUUUUGCUAUAAGGCAUAUUCUAAACCCCGAAAGUUGAAAUAUCACGAGAAAGAAGUUCAUAUGGGGAAGAAUCUUGCUAAAAAGACUUUACAAUGUAAAUUCUGUUCGAAAAAAUAUUCAUCAAAAAAAAAAUUGAGAAAACACGAAAAACGUUUUACAAUCGGAAAAGAUUCUAAUCUAGAGGAUUUUGAAUAUACAGAUUCUUUUUCUGGUUCUGUGGUACAAAAAAUAUUGAAGAAAUGAAGGAUAAGCUAUGGUAUAAAUAUAACACAGGAAACUGCACUUUUGUUUAUUUAAUCAUAUAUUGACAACUUUCAAUUGUUAAGGACAAAUACUCAUAUAGAAGUUCAAUUAUAUACAUGGCACCAUGACUGAAGAUAAAACUUAUUGCAAAUGAUAAACCUGUUAAAGUUCAAUAAAUUUCAUAUCAUUUA